CUGAGGCAGUUUAGCACAGGGGGAGUGAAAGAAAAGAAGAAGAGGAAAGAAAAGAAAAAGAAAGGGGGACAGAAACGAGGCACGUCCUUAAAGUGUAGUGAGGAAUGCGCACAUAGCUCUCCUCCAUCCUCCGCUGGUUCGCCUUUUCCUCCCCUUCUCUCCUCGGAGGGGGGAGCAGGUUUGGUCUGGGCUAGGCUGGAGACAUGAGCUAAUUGUAUCCUGAUCUUUUUUGCCUUGAGGGGUCUCGAAGCCCCGGAGCGAGUCUCCCUCUCGGUUUUGUUCCGUCUACCUCAGCCGAGCUAUUGCAUUUCUCUCUGGCGUGGCGCGGGAGGCAGAUCGAGGGCGAAAAGGGAGGAAAACACGGGGGGAGAGAAGGAGCGGAGCAGGAAGAAGAGAAGAAGACGAGGCAACUUUUCUGUCCAUCCAUGUUUCAGGAUAACCGCUCAAGUAUGUCCAGGCCGAUGAUCACCAGGUCCCCAGCGUCUCCUCUCAGUAAUCAGGGCAUCCCCACCCCGGCCCAGCUCACCAAGUCCAACGCUCCAGUGCACAUCGAUGUGGGCGGACACAUGUACACCAGCAGCCUAGCCACACUAACCAAGUACCCAGAGUCCAGAAUUGGCCGUCUUUUUGAUGGCACGGAGCCCAUUGUUUUGGACAGCCUGAAGCAACACUACUUCAUCGACAGGGACGGUCACAUGUUCCGCUACAUCCUCAACUUCCUCAGGACGUCCAAGCUCCUCAUCCCUGACGACUUCAAAGACUACAGUCUGCUGUAUGAAGAAGCGAGGUAUUUUCAGCUGCAGCCGCUGCUGGCCGAGCUGGAGCGCUGGCGGCACGAACGUGAGCUGAACCGGCUCUCGCGGCCGUGCGAGUGCGUGGUGGUUCGUGUGGCUCCGGACCUGGGCGAGCGGAUAACGCUGAGUGGGGACAAGGCCCUGAUUGAAGACGUCUUCCCCGAGAUCGGAGACGUCAUGUGUAAUUCAGUGAACGCCGGCUGGAACCACGACUCCACACACGUCAUCCGCUUCCCCCUCAACGGCUACUGCCACCUUAAUUCCGUACAGGUUCUGGAGCGGCUGCAGCAGCGCGGCUUUGAGAUCGUGGGCUCGUGUGGAGGAGGUGUGGACUCGUCUCAGUUCAGCGAGUACGUCCUGCGGCGCGAGCUCCGGCGGGCCCAGCGUGGACUCCAGAGUAACAGGAUAAAACAGGAGCAGCUGGACUAGAGACCUAGCAGGGCCAAAAACUGCCCCACAGGCCUACAGAACAAAAAAUAGCCCCAAAGGGCCCCAGAAGGCACCAGACAUUUUAGCAGUUGCCAAGCUCUCCACAAAGGUCGGACAUUUGUCAGUCUUGAUUUUUUUUUUAAAACAAGGGGAAACCAGAGGAGGCAAGCUUUUAUGGUUUGUUAAUCCUGGAAGAAGAUUCAGCGUAUUCCACAACUCCUAAUGACCUCUGGGGCAACUGUGACUGUCCACUUGAGGACUUCGUUGAAAGCAUUGUCCCUUAUCCGCAUUAAGUUUGUUUUAAAACUUUGAAAUUUCAGCAGGUGAACCACAACAAACAUUAAGACAACCUUAAAGAAAGUGUGUUCUGUUUGCAGUGCUAUAUACAGUAUAUAUAAAUAUGUAUAUAUUUUGCUAUUUCAUAUAAAAUUGACUCAUGGAUAAUCUUCCUAACCCCUUAAAGAAGGUGCCGACAUCGUGGGUGGUGUUUCUUGAUAUCUGAUACUGAUUGGUUGACUAUCCAAACACAAGAAGGUGACAAAGUUUCCUUUUAAAUCUGCACUUUUUUCUCUUAGCAGAUUAUUUGGCUUUUUUUGCUUGUUUUUUUACAUAUUAGAAAGUGCGAGCAAAGACCGUGUACUUAUUUACCACCAAUUUUCUGAAAUGUGUCAUUACAGAUUACGAUAUGUGAGAUUUUAAAAUGGAGAUAAGACCUUUACUGUGCUUACUCAAUAUGAAGAUUAUGAGAUUUACAUCCACAGUAACGUAAACCCCGAUUUAAAACACAUCGAACGUCACUCGUUUAUUUUUAAUUUAUGAUUUCAUAUGAUGUUUAUACAUAAGCUGCAAUAUCUUUUUAUUGUCCAUGAACAUGUACGUGUUUUCUUUGGCAUUGAACCUCCUUCUGACUGAAUUUGUAACGGCCCGCAUUAAAUGCAGGUUCUUCUCUAUCUCUCAAACUGAGAAAGUUAUGUUGGUUUCACAACAAGCCCAACUUGCUGAAAUAAUGAAGAAUGUAGCAAAAAAUGUGAAAUAAAUUGGUCCAAAUUAUAUUCAA